UAGAUUGUACCUCCGGCAGUACAUUUUCUUCAUAAUUCAUAUUACUCAUUAUUAUUUUAGUUUCUUAGUUUUUCUGUGUGGUUAGAGUUAUAUAUGAUUUCAAUUUCCAAGUUACCAAGAUGAAAACGGCUCUUAUGGUGGCAGAAAAGCCAUCUUUAGCUCAGAAUCUUGCAAAUAUACUUAGCAAUGGCAAAUGUACUACUAAUAAAGGUUCCAAUUCCGCUUGUGCCAUACACGAAUGGAAUGGGACAUUCAAGAAUGAAGCGGUCCGCUAUAAAAUGACAUCGGUGUGCGGACAUGUGAUGAGCUUGGAUUUUACCGGUAAAUACAACAAUUGGGACAAAGUUGAUCCAGUGGAGUUGUUCAGUUGUCCAACAGAGAAGAAAGAAGCUAUGCCUCGCCUGAGAAUACCGGCCUUUUUAGCGCAGGAAUCAAGAGGCUGUGAUUUCCUUGUUUUGUGGCUUGAUUGUGAUAAAGAAGGUGAAAACAUAUGCUUUGAGGUUAUGAACUGCGUUCAGUCUUAUAUGAAAGGGGAUGUCUUUACUCCCCAAGUUACCUAUCGUGCGCAUUUCUCUGCUAUUACAGAAAAGGACAUUAAGGCUGCUAUGCUUAACCUUGGUAGACCUAAUGAGAAUGAAUCUCGAAGUGUGGAUGCACGUCAAGAGCUGGAUUUACGAAUUGGAUGUGCAUUUACUCGCUUUCAGACUAAAUACUUUCAAGGUAGAUAUGGUGAUUUGGAUGCAUCACUUAUAUCUUAUGGUCCAUGUCAAACACCAACUCUUGGCUUUUGUGUACAACGCCAUGAUGAAAUACAGACCUUUAAACCUGAGACAUACUGGGUGCUCAGAGUUACAGCAUCCACAUCAGAGGGGAGAGAACUACCAUUAGAGUGGAAGAGAGUUCGAAGUUUCGAGAAAGAUAUAGCUAAUAUGUUUUUAGCUGGAAUCAAGGAGAUUAAAGAAGCUACGGUCACUAAUAUACAAGCAAAGGAGAAAAUAAAACCUCGGCCUGCUGCUUUAAAUACUGUGGAACUGAUGAGAGUGGCCAGUGCAGGAUUGGGCAUGGGACCCCAUCAUGCCAUGCAGAUUGCAGAGCGUCUUUAUACCCAAGGUUAUAUAUCAUAUCCACGUACAGAGACAACUAGCUAUUCAGAAAACUUUGAUUUGAUGGGCACGCUUCGUCAACAGCAGAACUCUUCGAAGUGGGGCGCCGAGGUCCGCGCGCUCAUCGCUAAUGGUAUUAACAAGCCUAAGAAGGGACAUGACGCUGGCGACCAUCCUCCUAUUACACCAAUGAGGGCAGCUACCGAAAGUGAACUAGAAGGCGACAUGUGGCGUAUUUACGACUACAUAACUCGACACUUCAUAGCGACAUUGUCGCGUGACUGCAAGUACCUCAGUACCACAAUCACCUUCCAAAUAGGCACCGAGACAUUCUACUAUACUGGGAACACGCUCGUAGAUGCCGGAUACACGGAGAUUAUGCACUGGCAGGCGUUCGGUAAAGAUGAGUUCGUACCACCACUGCAAGAGGAGGAGGUGCUGCGAGCCCACGAUCACAGACUGGUGGAGUGCCAGACCUCGCCGCCAGACUAUCUCACCGAGUCAGAGGUGAUAACAUUGAUGGAGAAGCAUGGUAUCGGGACAGAUGCAUCAAUCCCUGUGCACAUCAACAAUAUAUGUCAGCGGAACUAUGUGACGGUUGGUAGCGGACGCCGGCUCGUCCCUACCAAUCUCGGUAUAGUCCUCGUACACGGCUAUCAGAAGAUUGAUCCAGAACUUGUGCUGCCAACAAUGCGCUCAGCCGUUGAAGAACAAUUGAAUCUCAUAGCCGUCGGUCGCGCAGACUUCCACGCUGUGUUAGCGCACACCACAGAGAUAUUCCGCAGAAAGUUCCAGUAUUUUGUACGAUCCAUAGAAGCAAUGGACCAGUUGUUCGAAGUUAGCUUCUCGUCUUUAAAAGCUAGUGGAAAGGCGCUGUCCCGAUGUGGGAAAUGUAGGCGGUAUAUGCGAUACAUUCAGGCGAAACCAGCUAGACUGCAUUGUUCCCACUGCGAUGACACUUACGGGCUACCGCAGAACGGUACCGUUCGUAUCUACCGAGAACUCAAGUGUCCGCUCGAUGACUUCGAGCUGCUCUCCUGGUCUUCUGGCAACAAGGGCAAGAGUUUUCCACUCUGCCCAUACUGUUAUAAUCACCCGCCGUUCAGGGACAUGAAGAAAGGCUUCGGCUGCAACUCGUGCACGCACCCGACGUGUCCGUAUGGCGUUAACUCUACGGGCGUGUCCGGUUGUGUGGAGUGUGAGACCGGCGUUCUCGUGCUUGAUCCGGCCGCGCCCAAGUGGAAGCUUGCCUGUAACCGGUGCGACGUGAUCAUCAACAUCUUCGAGGAGGCGUCGCGCGUGAGCGUGUGCGCCUCUACUGAGCAGGCGUGCGGCGCGUGCGGCGCGCAGCUCGUCAGCGUGGAGUACCGCGCCGAGCGCACGCGCCUGCCCGCCGCGCUCACCGACAUGACCGCCUGCCUCUACUGCGAGCCCAGCUUCAGCGCACUCGUGGAGAAGCAUCGCGCGGUGGCUGCUCGGGCUCCAGCAGGGCGCGGCGGCCGCGGCGGCAGGGCGCGUCUUAAUAAACACCGCAACAAACAGCCAAAAGAUAAAAUGGCGCAACUCGCCGCCUACUUCGUAUAAGACUCAUACUACAGUGAAUAGAGUACGAUACCUCCACCACUAAACAUACAUUAUGUAUUUAUUUAUCAUAGCAAGUCAUAGGGUCGUCCGUAAAGCACGUCACACAUUCUGAGGCGAAGUUGACUAAGUGUGACGUUAUGUGACAAGGGGUCACAAUGAAUUUUGAACGUCACAUUUGAAAGUACUGUGUUUUGUUAAAGAGAAAUAACACUACUAAUGAACUAUAGACUUAAUUCAAAAUUAUUCUUUGUUUUUUAAUCUAAUAAUUUCGUUGUAACUACGGGACGUCACAAAAACGAGGGAAAGUCUUACAAAUGUCACCAACUCUUCGUAUGGUGAACGUGUUAUGGAUGGUACGACGUAAGUUAUGGAUGGUAAGUAUUUAGUAUUCCAUUUAUUUUAAUAGCUGACCCGUGGUAUAGAUCAUACACGUAUGAUAUAUAUAUAUAUUGUAGUCUGUACGUGUGUUUGAACCAUAUUUACUUAAUAUAUUUUAAUUGCUUCUAAAAAUGCAGUGAUUGUAUCAAAAUAUUUAUUAAUUUAAUAUUUAUUAAAAACGCCUCCUCAUUUUGAGUACAUAUUUAUGUAUUUAAAUUUUUUUUUAUACUGCCACAAGAAUUAUAUAAGUGAAUUACUCGUAUACUUUCUUUUUACUUCAGUUAGAAUAGAUUGAAAAUGAUAUUUUUUAUAAAAAAAAUAUUCACUAAAUUAAUAUAAAAGAUAUUAAUUUAGUGAAUAAAAUUAACGUAUCAUCGUUUUAUUUAUUGAAAUGUAUAAACAUGUAGGUAAUGGGAUUUUCUAAAAUGUAAUAAGCACAAGUUCUGUUCUUAUAAAAAAACUUACCUGCGUGUACCUAACAAAAUUAUAAACUUUUAUAUUUAUUAUCAUUGCUAGUGCAAUAAAUUAUUAAUAAAUAAGUAAUUCUUUUAUUUUUUGAUUUCUUAUAAUAAAACUAUAAUAACUCUUGCACGUAUGUAUUUGUGUUUGAAGGUAUAUGUUUGAAAUAUCGUAAGGAAACUAGAAAAAUUUAAGAACGUAGGUAGCAAAUGUUGGGGAGUUACAUGAGCGUUGCCGACCCUUAAGAAACCUUAAUAUACCCUUCUUGAAAAACCCCAUGCUGUAGUCUCUCAUCUGUUACCAUCGCACCGCUCACCAACGACAAGAAAUUGAACCCCACAAACUGAAUUGUAAGAAGUCUCUGAUACCUUCCUUCCGCGUAUACUUAGAUUGUGGGACAAAACUACCUAUCGAGGUUUCUAGAGACAUUCCUAUAUGGAAUGGGGGUUUUCCAGGAAGGUGUAUUAUGGCUUCUUAACGGUCAGCAACACACACGUGACAAACCUGAUGUUUCAGGUGCCGACAGACUACGGUAACCAAUAAACGGCUAAUUUAUAUUUUUAACUGAUGCUUCGGUGAAAGAGGGAAAUUAAACCAAAAUUAAUCGGACAGACGGUAUUGCGUUCACCACAAACUCGAUAGUUCACAAUACUCCUGACCACAUGCUCUGGGAUGUGUCGUGGCGGUAUAUUUAUAUAUUCUGAAAUAAAACAAUGUGAUUCUUAAAGUCUUCAUUUUAUUGUGAAGGUUGUCACCUAGUAUAAUGUAUAGGUACAGUUACAGUACGUAAGCUUACAAUGUAUUACUGUAUUUCGUUACAUUUAACAUUACACCGUUUGUAUUCUUAAGUGAACGUGACUCGAUGAUUCAUAGUAAAAAUCUGGAAUUUAGGAUUAUCUGGACAGGACCAAGAAACUAGCAGUAAACAACUCAUAUAUUUUCGUUGUAUUUCAAUACAAAAUAUGAAACAUCACACCUAUCUGGAAUUACAGUACAGAUAUUCAAUUAAGUACUUAUAUAAUAUUUUUUGUUUCAUAUAAUAUGAAAUAUUAC